AGAAAAUGAUUGCUGGGAAGCAGACACAGAGUCGUAGACACUCAUCCUUGUGCUUCAGAUACUGAUCCCUCAUCGCCUCUGAGCAGCCCCUGUGAGCCCUGAAUCCCAAGGAUCACUCAGGAUUAUCCGAUGUACAAUGGGAGAGUCAUCACUUUGCUAAAUGAUUAUCUGCACCUGGACAUCUUUCACAGACGUCUAAUAGAUAUGUUCUACAAGGAGAAAAGGCUGCAAGCUGUUAAUGCCUAACACAGAUGCACAUUAGGCUUCCACCAAAGUCCUCAACGUGCCCAACCACACUCAGUAUUUCAGUCUCUCACGUUUGGUUUUGGAAUCUGCUUUGAGACCUCAGCGUAUUUUUUUUAAAAAAAAAUAUAUACAGACCUACCUAUAUAAAGACACACACACAAGCACACAUACACACAUACAAUAUACUCAUGUGUAUGUAAAGGAGACACUAACUGCAAAUAAGACACGAAGAUUGCCAAGAUUUUAGAGAUGUAUUUGUCAAGAUUCCUGUCGAUCCAUGCCCUGUGGGUUACAGUGUCCUCUGUGAUGCAGCCCUACCCUUUAGUGUGGGGACAUUAUGAUGUAUGUAAAACUCAGAUUUACACAGAAGAAGGGAAAGUUUGGGAUUAUAUGGCCUGCCAGCCGGAAUCCACGGACAUGACAAAGUAUCUGAAAGUGAAGCUGGACCCUCCGGAUAUUACCUGUGGAGACCCUCCAGAGGCGUUCUGUGCAAUGGGCAACCCUUACAUGUGCAAUAACGAGUGUGACGCAAGUACCCCUGAACUGGCACACCCUCCUGAGCUCAUGUUUGAUUUUGAAGGACGACAUCCCUCUACAUUUUGGCAGUCUGCUACUUGGAAGGAAUACCCCAAACCUCUCCAGGUUAACAUCACGCUGUCUUGGAGCAAAACCAUUGAGCUCACAGACAACAUAGUUAUUACCUUCGAAUCGGGGCGUCCAGACCAAAUGAUCCUGGAGAAAUCUCUCGAUUAUGGGCGAACAUGGCAGCCCUAUCAGUAUUACGCCACAGACUGCCUCGAUGCUUUUCACAUGGACCCGAAGUCCGUGAAGGAUUUGUCCCAGCAGUCCGUGUUAGAGAUCAUUUGCACAGAGGAGUACUCCACCGGGUACUCCACAAACAGCAAAAUUAUUCAUUUCGAGAUCAAAGACAGGUUUGCGUUUUUCGCUGGACCUCGGCUGCGAAAUAUGGCCUCCCUCUAUGGACAGCUGGAUACAACCAAGAAACUCAGAGAUUUCUUCACAGUCACGGACCUGAGGAUCAGGCUCUUGAGACCCGCCGUUGGGGAAAUAUUUGUAGAUGAGCUGCAUUUGGCACGUUACUUUUAUGCCAUCUCAGACAUAAAGGUGCGAGGAAGGUGCAAGUGCAACCUGCACGCCACUGUGUGUGUGUAUGACAACAGCAAACUGACGUGUGAGUGUGAGCACAACACAACAGGUCCAGACUGCGGGAAAUGCAAGAAGAAUUAUCAGGGCCGACCGUGGAGUCCAGGCUCAUACCUCCCUAUCCCCAAAGGCACUGCAAACACCUGCAUCCCCAGCAUUUCCAGUAUUGGUAACUGUGAAUGCUUCGGCCACUCCAAUCGGUGCAGUUAUAUCGAUCUGCUAAACACAGUCAUUUGCGUGAGCUGUAAACACAACACUAGAGGGCAGCACUGUGAGUUAUGCAGGCUGGGCUACUUCAGAAAUGCUUCUGCACAGCUGGACGAUGAGAAUGUGUGCAUAGAGUGUUAUUGUAACCCUUUGGGCUCAGUCCAUGAUCGUUGUAAUGGCUCAGGAUUUUGUGAGUGUAAGACUGGAACGACAGGGCCUAAAUGUGAUGAGUGUCUGCCAGGAAAUUCCUGGCACUACGGCUGUCAACCUAAUGUCUGCGACAAUGAGCUCCUACACUGCCAGAAUGGAGGGACCUGCCACAACAAUGUGCGCUGCCUGUGCCCAGCCGCUUAUACCGGCAUCCUUUGUGAGAAGCUGCGUUGCGAAGAGGCCGGGAGCUGUGGCUCCGACUCCGGCCAGGGAGCACCCCCACGGGGCUCCCCAGCACUGCUGCUGCUGACCGUGCUGCUGGGGACAGCCAGUCCCCUGGUGUUCUAGGGGUCACACCAGCCCUCCAACAGGCCUGUGCUGUGGGGACGCAGACACAACCCAAGCGAUUGCUACUAACAUAGAAAACACGCACACCCACUCCAACACAGUGUACAAGCGAAGAGGGCAUAACUGAACUAAGCCAUAUCUCUCAGACCCGGACAGCACAUCCGUCGGAGUCAAGACUGUUUGUCAUCACUGACUCCAGAGGAAUUGGCAGCUGUUGUUAUUAUCACUGCAAAUCUCAUUGCCAGCUGCAGAGCCCAUUGCGGACUGGAAAGGCUGCGAGAGCGUCCCCAAAAGAAAGACAAAAACAAACUGAUCUAUCAACCUAAAAGGAAAAAAAAAAAAAAAAUUCGCUACUCUACCGUGGUGCACCCUAGUACCGCUCUGCCCAGUGUGUGGACCAACCAAAUAGAAGCAUUCUUUGCUGUCAGGUGCAUUGUGGGUAUAAGGAAAUCUGUUACAAGCUGCCAUAUUGGCCUGCUUCGGCUCCCCGCCCCCAUCCCUUUCAACCUGUGCUUUAGUGAAAGUUGCUCUGUAACCCUUGUUGGUUGAAAGGUUUCUUUGUCUGAUGUUAGUGAUAUACAUGUGUAACAGACCCCUUCCAAAGCGCAAGCCAGUCAUACCCCUGUAUAUUUUAGCAGCACUGAGAGCUCAGUGCCAGCUCACACCCACUUAACAAGAGUGGCUAGAGGAAAGAGAAAGUGUAUCUAUCCUUUUGUAUUAAAAUGAAGUUAUUUUUCUUGAAAUACUGUAAUAUGUAGAUUUUUUGUAUUAUUGCCAAUUUAUGUUACCAGACAAUCUGUUGAUGUGUCUAAUUCGAAUCAGCAAAGACUGACGUUUGAUUUUUUGUCCUCUCUUUGCUUUGGUUUUGUUUCGUUGUGCAGAGAUUUCUCUGUAUGGGCAACGAGCGUGCUGGCAUCAAAGAAUAUCAGUUUACAUAUAUAGCAAGUGUAAUAAGAUUCCACCAAAGGACAUUCUACAUGUUUUCUUGUUGCUUUAACGCUGGAGGAUUUAAAGAAUAAGAAUUCCUGCAUAAAUGACGUCAGGAAUUUGCAUUGCCGCUUCUUAAGAGGAAAAGGAGCAACCCUCCGAGAGUUUCACAGUCACUUCACUGAUUUUGUGUGGACCGAACACAGUCAGCUGACGUAAUCGGUAGCCCAGGAAGAUGGAUGGAUAGUCACUAGCUUGGACAGCGUCUGCAAAAUACGAGACUAUUUUCCACCUGGGAAAAAUCCUAACCGCAAGAACAGGGAGAAAGAAAUGUCUAAGUGAUUGCCAAGAUUAUGCCAAAGCCUGUUGGCAGAGUACUGAGAGACUUUUAUUUUUAAGUCAUGCUAUUUUCACAGAUUUAUGGUGAUCAUGUGACUCGAGGGAUGCUGAUCGAUGUAUCCUUCCAAAUACAGUGUUUACAUGGAGUAUCAUAAGAGGCCACCUGGGGAACCAGGAAGCAGCAGGGAAAUUGAGUGAUUAGCAAUUUGACUUUGAAUAUAUUCUAAGUAUUUAAAUGAAAUAUCAAAAUAUACAGCAG